AUAAUUUUCUCUUUGUUAGUUAAGGGAAAUACGCAUACAUACACAAUACAGAGUGCACAAUUUGAAAUGAAAUCUCAAUUUACGCCUACGUACCUUUUUAAGGUGCGUGGCGUCAUUAUUCCACGUCCCCCUGACCCUUCUCAUCUAUAAAUACAAACACCACCCCACCGAUCCAUAUCCACAUCACUACUACGUACUCAUUCCCUACCAGCUUGUUUUAUUUAUUUAUUAUCUAUUUUUCUAUCUUCCGCGCUAGCUAAGCUAACUCCUCUUUCUUUAUCUAAUUGUGCUGCUGCUAGUACUGUUUGUUAGCAAUGGCUCCUCCUUGUUCUAAUUCAUCUCCUCAGUCGAUCUUCCUCCUCCUUGUUACGAUCUUCGCCGCCGUCUCCCACGGAGACAACUCGAACUCGAAUCCAAACGCGCCGCUGUACACGUACAAGUACAUAUGCGACCCGCAGCGGUUCGAGCAGCUGGGGCUGAACAUGGCGCAGUUCGGGUUCUGCAACAAGUCGCUGCCGUACGCGGUGCGGGCGAAGCGGCUGGUGGACAGCAUGACGCUGGCAGAGAAGGUGGGGCAGACGGGGAACGGGGCGACCGGGGUGCAGCGCCUCGGCAUCCCCCAGUACAACUGGUGGUCGGAGGCGCUCCACGGCGUCUCCGACGUCGGAGGGGGCUCCAAGUUCAGUAAUAUCGUGCCGGGGGCCACCAGCUUCCCCACUCCCAUCACCUCCGCCGCCGCAUUCAACGAGACCCUCUGGAAGACCAUCGGCGAGGCUGUUUCGACAGAGGCGAGGGCCAUGCACAACCUAGGUGUUGCCGGGCUCACCUUCUGGAGCCCGAACAUCAACGUGGUCCGCGACCCGCGGUGGGGCCGCAUCCUGGAGACCCCCGGUGAGGACCCCUUCGUGGUGGGGCGCUACGCCGUCAACUACGUCCGCGGCCUGCAGGACGUGACGGGCUUCGAGACCACCGACGAUCUCAACACCCGCCCUCUCAAGGUCUCCGCCUGUUGCAAGCACUACGCCGCCUACGACGUCGACGCCUGGUACGCGCCCGGAAACUUCUUCAUCGAUCGCUACCACUACAGCGCAAACGUGACCGAACAAGAUAUGGUCGAGACGUUCCUGCGUCCCUUCGAGAUGUGCGUGAAGGAUGGGGAUGUUAGCAGUGUGAUGUGCUCGUACAACAGCGUCAACGGCAUCCCCACGUGCACCGACGCACGCCUUCUCCGGGGAACUGUUAGAGGAGAUUGGAAUCUUCAUGGCUAUAUUGUUGCUGAUUGCGACUCAAUUGAGGUCAUAGUCGACCAACAGAAGUACUUGGCAGACACUCCGGAGGAUGCCGUAGCUCAGGUUUUGAAAGGAGGUUUGGAUUUGGAUUGCAUGUCCUUCUACCAAACGUACCUGGAGAAUGCUACGCGCCACGGGCUCGUGAAAGAAGCCGACAUCGACAAGGCGCUGAUCAACAACUACAUCGUUCUGAUGCGCGUCGGAUUGUUCGACGGGCAGCCGGCCUACGACUCGUUGAACCAAAACAACAUCUGCUCUGCGGAGCACGUCGAACUGGCGACCGACGCAGCAAGGCAGGGAGUUGUUCUUCUCAAGAACGAGAACAAUGUUCUUCCCCUCAACACCACCGCGCACAAGAACAUCGCCGCCGUCGGCCCUCACGCCAAUGCCACACAUGUUAUGCUCGGCAACUAUGCAGGCACUCCAUGCAGCUACUCGUCGCCACUCGACGGCCUCUCGCGGUACGCCAAGGUGUCGUACCUGCCCGGCUGCCUCGACGUCGCGUGCCUCAACUUGACGUACAUCUUCCCGGCAGUUCGGAUCUCAAAGACCGCUGAUGCCACAAUCAUCUUCGCAGGCCUCGAUCUGUCGGUGGAGGCGGAGUCCAACGACCGGUCCAACCUCAACCUCCCCGGCUACCAGAACCUGUUCAUCCGCCAGGUUGCAAGCGCGGCAAAGGGCCCCGUUGUCCUCGUCAUCCUCUCAGCUGGCGGAGUCAACAUUGACGAGUUUAAGAGCUCGUCUGACAUUGAUGCGAUCCUUUGGGUCGGGUAUCCAGGUGAGCAGGGAGGGAAUGCGAUCGCCGACGUGAUCUACGGAAAAUACAAUCCGGGUGGUAGGCUUCCAGUAACAUGGUACACAGCCGACUACGUGAUGCAGCUCCCGAUGACAUCCAUGCAGCUCCGGCCGAACGACGACCUGGGUUUUCCUGGGCGGACCUACAAGUUCUACAACGGGUCGACGGUGUAUCCCUUCGGUUUCGGGUUGAGCUACACCAACUUCAUCUACACGGUGGUGUCGACCCAAAGGUCAGUCGAGAAGGAGCUCGGGCUCGGCCGCCACUGCCACCAGCUGCAGUACAACACCUCGGCCUACAUACCACCGUGCCAGGCUGCAAUUGUCGAGGAUCUCUCGUGCGAUGACGAUGAUGUGGCGAUCGACGUGCUCGUGACAAACACCGGAACUGUGGACGGGAGCCACGUGGUGGUGCUGUAUGCAACCGCGCCAGAGGGAAUCAUCGGAGCCCCGAUCAAACAGGUGAUAGGGUUCCAGAGGGUGUUCGUGGCGGCCGGAAAGAGCGAGGUGGCGAGCUUCAAGCUGCAGUCAUGCCGGAGCCUGAGCAUCGUGACAGGGUCAGCCUACGUUGCGCUGCCGGCUGGCGAGCACACCAUCUCGGUGGGCGAUGGCGAUGGCGCCGUGCAGUUCCCCUUCCAGGUGUACUUCAAGAGCCAGAAAAGCUUUUGAAGAGAACCUAGUGGUAGGGUAGUAUAGUUCUUUGUUCUUGCAGUACCCUUCUCACCGAGAGCACAGCUCUCUCCUGGUUUUUUUUUGCUUUGAUAAUUACAUUAAUUCAACUGCCAGUUGAAUGCUUAAUGUAAUAAGCGCGAGUCCUUUGUAGUAAUAACUCUUUAUGAGUUUUAUGAGGAAUGGAGUAUCCAAAUUUUGUUAUUCUCUCUCGAGCAAUUAAUAUAUUUCAAUCUGCUUUAUAUCGAUAACUACGCAUUAAUUCUUUAGCUAGUUGGAUACUAAAAUUCACCGAGAAAACACAGCUUUAAUUGAUUCGCAAACACCUUAUUAUUCAAUUUUAGCCUCUCUAAUUUGGAUCAUUCAGCAUAUUACAACGCUAUAACAAGUUAUGAGAAGAGUCGAGAUAAUUAAGGAUAAGAGUUUUAUUUAUAGGUUAGUUACAUUUGAAGGCAAUUUGAUUGACUGAGUUGGAUUUGUAGCCUGAGUAGCGAAUUUGGGGUCUAACCAACAGCUGAAUGCUGCAGUGGCUUGCAAAAUAUUCGGCCUCCAUGGCUCUUUUAGCAACAUUAAUAUGAAGAUGAAAAUAAUAUUCACUGAUUACUGUUUAUUUCAAUUUGCAUUUGCUAAGGAAUAGCUAACUAAUAAUAGACCUCUAGUUUGACAGAAGAAAAUUUGCUGAAAUGGAGUUACUUGAGUAACAAGUGAUUAGCAUCCAAGUUAUGGAGUGUUAUACAGCUAUGAAAAGGGAAGGUGUAUGGCUGAUUUUAUGAUUAAUUUCGGGCAUAGGCUGAAAUUGAAUUGAUUCAAGAACUAUAGAUCCUAUAUAUCAGGUGAUAUGGCAAUAUGGCACGGCAUCAUCUGCAGCAGAGUCAUCUAGGCAGUGUUUGAUUUGGAAACAAAGAGGGAAUAAACCCUUGUUUCUCUCUUUGUCCCCAAAUAAAAAUUUUCGCACUCCAAAUCAGCAGUUCUCGGGUCCAUGGAAUAAGUUGAUAUAACCCGGUAUAAGCUUGUUCCAAAGCAGAAACAAGCUUAAUUAAAAUCUAAAUUCAAUGUUAAUAUGGUA